GGUGAUUACGCAUGUCUCGUGUGUGGAUCAACAUCUCAGAGUUUCAGUUCUCCUUGGGAGACUUCAGUAUGAAUCGAGACGGUUAAGUAGGAUUCACGAUGAUGAGGCUCGUCAUACUCUUGUCUCUCUGUGGCAUGAUCACUGGCAUCAACAACACUCUAAACAACGUAAUCCUGAACAACAAGCGACUGGAUUUAGGAAGGCAGAACGAAGAGUAUAGACCUGUGGAGAAUAGAACUUUGAACGAGGUCUUCGCAGAUGCUGUUCACGCUUAUCUAGAAGAAGACUGGGACCGCUGUAUUGAGGAUUUUAACAUAGUUACUUACAGGUAUAAGAUUUAUAAGCGAAUGAUAGUAAACUGCAGACAAAAGUGCCGUGUAGAAGCUGCCGGUGCUCCACCGAUUUUCCCUGAAGACAUUGAGGAUUUACAUUUUUAUGAAAAAAAAGUAAGGGAGACACUAUGUCUUUUAAUGUGUAAUCAAGAAUAUCUUGACAUCUCCGGCUCGAAGACACUUAAGACGCUGUCACGUGAGACUGAGCAAAAAUUGGUUGACAAUCGUGUUUAUGAGUACCUGCACAUCUGCUAUUAUCAGAAAAAUCGAUAUCAAGAUGCAGCCAACGCGUUAUAUACGUUUUUAGUCUUAUAUCCACAUCAUCAAGCGAACGUGGACAUUUUGAGACACUAUCUGACACUACCAGGCGUACAGGAUGAGAAUGUGGUAAAUCUAGAAGCACUAACUUAUGUUAGUAUCUACUUCAAAGGUGUUUCAGCUUACAACAGUGAAAAAUACGCAGAAGCCGUCAGCCUAUUCGAAGCAUCAUUAGAGUCGUACUUGGACAGCGAGAACGAAUGCAGGUUUUAUUGCGAAGGCCCCUUUGAUCAGGGCUGGCAUCCGGAGUUUACUUCCUCCCUCGCUAAUCAUUUUGCGUACUGUUUAAAAUGCAAACGAGCCUGCCCGCGUAUAUUAAAUACCUUGAAUGGCGAUUACCGCAAGGACAUGCUGCGUAGUCAUUAUGAUUAUUUACAAUUUUCUUAUUAUAAAUUGGGAAACUUAAAGGCAGCUUGUGCCGCUGUUGAAAGUUACUUACUCUUCAAUCCAGUGGAUAAAACUAUGUUGCAAAAUAAGGAGUAUUAUAGUGCUCAGCCAAAAGUCAUGGAAGAUUAUUUUUCUCCGAGACAGGAAGCUCUUAAUUACGUAAAGCGACAGGAAUACGAAUUGAGUCUUCUACGCUACAUUUCUGACGAAUUUUCAGUUAUAGAUAAGAAUUUUAAGAAAACAAGAGGAAGCAAAAUACCAAAGAACGGGACAAAUUAUAUUAAUAUAAAAGAGAUAUCUGAUAUCGAAGCACACCCACAGCCAGCACCGGAAUAUUCAUUGUUUUCUUACACGAGAUUGUUGAAUAAUCUUUCUAUAGCACGUAUUGGAGAUUACGAGACGCAUAAUACAAAGCAAUUCAAGAUAAAAAAUGAUAUUUAUUUAAUAGCAAAAGAGAAAGAUCUUGGGGGAAGAAAUCGUUAUGUAGCUGAUGGCUUUCUGAGCUUCACCGAGUGUAAAUCUUUGAUGCAAUUCGCUUCUACGACUGCAGUAGAAGGAGAUGGUUACAGUGAAAAUAAAAGUCCACAUUCAAAGCACGAAAAAUUUGAGGGACUAACUAUUGGAAGAACAGCUUUGAUGGUAUACAUUGGGCAGAUAGAACCAGAGUGGUUAGAAUUGCUUCUACAAAAGACUGAACAAGCUCGGGACCACGUGGAAAGGUAUUUUGGACUCGAUCGACCGCUCUAUUUCACCUACACUCAUUUGGUCUGCCGUACGGCUCUACCUGAUUCGCCAUUGGACCGAAAUGACUUGAGUCAUCAAGUUCACGCGGACAAUUGUCUGUUGAAAGACAAAAAUACCUGUCUUCGUGAAAGUCCAGCUUAUGUUUGGAGAGAUUACUCUGCAAUUUUGUAUCUGAAUGAUAAUUUUCAAGGUGGUGAGUUCUUUUUCGCUGAAGAUAACGAUAUUCGAGAGACGGAUAACGUUGUUUCGCCACGUUGCGGACGAAUGGUUGCUUUUUCUGCUGACGAAGAAAAUCUCCACGGUGUUCGCGGCAUCCUUCGAGGUAGAAGAUGUGCUUUAGCCCUCUGGUUUACUCAAGAUGAAAACUAUUUGGAGUAUGAGAGAAUAUUGGCUUCGGCAAUCUUACAAAGAGUUCGACAAAUUGGACCUCUUGAGGGAAAGAAUAUCCAGGUGCCUUUAAAAUACGAAGAUAUACUUAUCGAAUACGUCCACACAGAUGAAUUGCUAAGACAGUUUUUAAAAAAUUCUCCACAAUAA